CAAGUAGAGAAUAGAGACCCCCGGGGGAAGUAUUUCGCAAGAAAAUAAACACAGAAAGCAAAUUUACCCAAACACAACAUCGGGAAAAUUAUGGCAGAGGAAGGGAAAGCAGAUGACCAAUUGUUUCAGCUCCUCUCUGGUCUCCUCCAACAGUGUAAAUUAUGGUUCUUGAGAAAAUUGCUACUGAGGUUCUGUACGGUUGAGAGUCUUUGUAUUCCUGUAAAAUCAGGGGCAGAAGAAAUUGUAAAAUCAGUUACUUGUAUUGUGCAGGUGGAAUCAUUGACCAAUCAAGAAGAAGUUGAAUUGCGCUCCAAAAUUGAAGCCCUGGGAUUAGAAGUUACGAAAGUUCCUUCAAAAGCAGUGCAGCCUCUUGGGGAGCUCGAUAUAGCCAAGCAGCUGGAUGAAUUAUCAGAGAAGUUAGAAGAUGUAGAUGAGAAGAUUUCUUCAGCAAUGGCUGCAGAUCCCCAGGUGCAGACACUUUUGAGCGGCACUGCUGAUGUUUGGAUGCCAGUAAUCACUGCUACUGCUGAGGAGAGACGUAACUUUACCGUGCCAUUCAAAGAUGAUCACUCUGAAGUGAAUGGGAAAGCUUCCAAUUAGUUCCUGAAAUCUGACUUCUGUUUUCUUGAUUUUCUGCCUCUCCCAUUCGAACUUUUAUUUAUCUCUCGUUUUUCAAAACUCAAUAAAACAUCAUAUCUCAAACUAUUUUACUAUUAUUCAUAAACACUAUUAUUUUUACGAAAUUUUCAUCUUAUCUCAUUUCUCAGGCAUUCCCUAAAGCCCGUUAUGUUUGUAUAUAAGAGGUUUUCAUCCAAGUCUUUGUGAAUAUUGUGGAACUUUGUACGUUCUUUUUAAGAUGUUGGUUUGAUAUAAUGCCAUUUUAAACGUCUCUUUUUCUUUUUAA